AUGACCAUCGGCCUCGCUCGAUCGUUCAUCUGCCGCGCAUGCCGCACCUCGACGCGAGGUCGGCGAGCCUUCGCGACGGCCUCGGCCUCGGCUCAAGGCCAACAGCAGCAGGCGUUCGACAACCGCGUCAAGAUCGUGGAGGUCGGCCCCCGCGAUGGACUGCAGAACGAAAAGGUGUCGAUACCGGUGGGGACCAAGAUUGAGUUGAUUGAGAGGUUGGCGAAGACGGGGCUUUCGACCAUUGAGGCUGGGGCUUUCGUUUCGCCAAAGUGGGUUCCUCAGAUGAGCAACUCGAGCGAGAUCCUAGAACACAUCCUCACGCAAAAAAUCUCCUCCCCCCACUCAAUAUCCUACUCCUUCCUCGCCCCCAACGUCAAAGGCUUCGACUCCGCCUCCCAAAUCCUCCAAAAGAACCCCGGCGCCUUCCUCACCGAAAUCGACCCCUUGCACCCCACCUCCGCCGACAAGGCCCCGACCCCCGCCAUCGAAAUCGCCGUCUUCGCCGCCGCCACCGAGUCCUUCUCGCAAAAGAACCUCAACUGCGACAUCGCCACGUCGCUCGAGAAAUUCAAAGAAGUCAUCCGCGAGGCCAAGAACAACGACCUGCGCGUGCGCGCCUACAUCUCCGUCGUGCUGGGCUGCCCCUUCGAGGGCCACGACGUCGACCCGCACAAGGUGGCCGAGAUCGCUACGGAUCUGCUCGAGGCGGGCGCUGAUGAGAUUGCCCUUGGGGAUACCACCGGGAUGGGGACUGCGCCGAGGACGAAGGCUUUGUUGAGUUGUAUGACGGCUGCGGGGAUCAGGAAUGAGGAUAUUGCUAUGCAUUUCCAUGAUACGUAUGGGCAGGCGCUUGUGAAUACUGCUGUUUCGCUUGAGCAUGGUAUUCGGAUCUUUGACUCGUCUGUUGGCGGGCUUGGUGGGUGCCCUUAUAGCCCUGGCGCUACGGGCAAUGUGGCUACGGAGAACAUGGUGUAUUUCCUCGAGACGCUGGGCAUGGAUACGGGGGUUGAUUUGGAUGCGGUGACGGAUAUUGGGCAGUGGAUCACGGGUCAGCUGGGUAAGGCUAAUGAGAGCAGUGUGGGUAAGGCGGUUCUGGGUGCGAGGAAGAGGAAGGCGGCGUAA